AUGUCGAACUUCUCGGGCGCCUCUCAGCCGGGCAAUGGCCACGGCGAGAACGGCGGCAACAUGAACGGUUCCGGCGCUCCCGCGAUCGAGAACUAUUCAGGUGCUCCAACCGCCAACAACGAUGCUAAGACCCUCUGGAUGGGCGAGCUUGAGCCCUGGAUGGACGAGAAUUUUGUGAAGCAGGUGUGGCAGACGGUCUGUGGUGAGGCCGUCAAUGUCAAAGUCAUUCGCGACCGUCAGUCCGGUAACGCCGGCUAUUGUUUUGUCGAGUUCAACUCGGCCGAGGCUGCCAACAAGGCGCUUCAACUGAACGGAUCUCCUGUUCCCAACUCUCAACGUGUUUUCAAACUCAACUGGGCCUCUGGUGGCGGUCUGGUGGACCGACGCGACGAGCGUGGUCCCGAGUUCUCCAUCUUCGUCGGUGACCUUGGACCCGAAGUCAACGAAUUCGUCCUGGUGUCUCUGUUCCAGGCUCGGUUCCCGUCCUGCAAGUCAGCUAAGAUCAUGACGGACGCUAUGACCGGCCAGUCUCGUGGUUACGGCUUUGUGCGCUUCACGGACGAGGGUGACCAGCAGCGUGCGCUGCUUGAGAUGCAAGGUGUCUAUUGCGGCAACCGCCCCAUGCGCAUCUCGACUGCCACUCCCAAGACGCGGUCUCAUCAGCAAUACAGCGCACAGGGCCAGCACGGUGGCCCGAUGCCCAUGGCCGCUCCCGCUCAGCAGCAGAACAUGAACUGGGGAAUGCCUUAUGGCUUCAACCAGCCGGCGCCUCCUGCAGCUAACAACUUCAAUGCCGCCAUGCAGCCCAUGAACCAGUUCACUGAUCCCAACAACACGACCGUCUUUGUCGGCGGCCUGUCUGGCUAUGUCACCGAGGACGAGCUUCGUUCCUUCUUCCAGGGAUUUGGCGACAUUACGUAUGUCAAGAUCCCUCCCGGCAAGGGCUGCGGCUUUGUUCAGUUCGUCCAUCGCCAUGCCGCCGAGAUGGCCAUCAACCAGAUGCAAGGCUACCCAAUUGGCAACUCUCGUGUCCGUCUUUCUUGGGGUCGUUCGCAGAACAACUCUGGCGUCGGCACCCCGUACCGUCCGGCUCCUCCUCCGCCUCACUGGGGUGGUGGCAUGCCUCCUCCUGGCGGUCCUGGUGGUCCCGGCCCUUUCGGUCCCUUCGGCGGAAACCCUCCUCAGGGUCCUCCCCCCGGCGGUCUUCAGGUGGGUGUCUCCAACAACAUGGACUCGGUGCGCUAUCCUACCCCCAAACGCACGGUUGACUAA